AUGGUCCUGGCUCGACCACAGUGCCUCCCCUCCGCACCUGAUGGGCCUGGCAGACCACAGUGCCUCGCCGCUGCACCUGAUGCGCCUGGUCCGACUGCAGUGCCUCCCUCCACACCAGAUGGGCCCGGUCCGACUGAAGUGCCUUGCUGCCGCACCACAUGUGCCUCGCCGUCGCACCUGAUUGGCGUGGCCGACCGCAGUGCCUCGCCGUCGCACCUGAUUGGCGUGGCCGACCGCAGUGCCUCGCCGUCGCACCUGAUUGGCGUGGCCGACCGCAGUGCCUCGCUGCCGCACCUGAUUGGCCUGGCCGACCGCAGUGCCUCGCCGCCACACCUGAUUGGCCUGGCCGACCGCAGUGCCUCGCCGCCGCACCUGAUUGGCCUGGCCGACCGCAGUGCCUCGCCGCCGCACCUGAUUGGCCUGGCCGACCGCAGUGCCUCGCCGCCGCACCUGAUUGGCCUGGCCGACCGCAGUGCCUCGCCGCCGCACCUGAUUGGCCUGGCCGACCGCAGUGCCUCGCCGCCGCACCUGAUUGGCCUGGCCGACCGCAGUGCCUUGCCGCCGCACCUGAUUGGCCUGGCCGACCGCAGUGCCUCGCCGCCGCACCUGAUUGGCCUGGCCGACCGCAGUGCCUCGCCGCCGCACCUGAUUGGCCUGGCCGACCGCAGUGCCUCGCCGCCGCACCUGAUUGGCCUGGCCGACCGCAGUGCCUCGCCGCCGCACCUUAUGGGCCCGGCCGACCGCAGUGCCUCGCCGCCGCACCUUAUGGGCCCGGCCGACCGCAGUGCCUCGCCGCCGCACCUUAUGGGCCCGGCCGACCGCAGUGCCUCGCCGCCGCACCUUAUGGGCCCGGCCGACCGCAGUGCCUCGCCGCCGCACCUUAUGGGCCCGGCCGACCGCAGUGCCUCGCCACCGCACCUUAUGGGCCCGGCCGACCGCAGUGCCUCGCCGCCGCACCUUAUGGGCCCGGCCGACCGCAGUGCCUCGCCGCCGCACCUUAUGGGCCCGGCCGACCGCAGUGCCUCGCCGCCGCACCUUACGGGCCCGGCCGACCGCAGUGCCUCGCCGCCGCACCUUAUGGGCCCGGCCGACCGCAGUGCCUCGCCGCCGCACCUUAUGGGCCCGGCCGACCGCAGUGCCUCGCCGCCGCACCUUAUGGGCCCGGCCGACCGCAGUGCCUCGCCGCCGCACCUUAUGGGCCCGGCCGACCGCAGUGCCUCGCCGCCGCACCUUAUGGGCCCGGCCGACCGCAGUGCCUCGCCGCCGCACCUUAUGGGCCCGGCCGACCGCAGUGCCUCGCCGCCGCACCUUAUGGGCCCGGCCGACCGCAGUGCCUCGCCGCCGCACCUUAUGGGCCCGGCCGACCGCAGUGCCUCGCCGCCGCACCUUAUGGGCCCGGCCGACCGCAGUGCCUCGCCGCCGCACCUUAUGGGCCCGGCCGACCGCAGUGCCUCGCCGCCGCACCUUAUGGGCCCGGCCGACCGCAGUGCCUCGCCGCCGCACCUUAUGGGCCCGGCCGACCGCAGUGCCUCGCCGCCGCACCUUAUGGGCCCGGCCGACCGCAGUGCCUCGCCGCCGCACCUUAUGGGCCCGGCCGACCGCAGUGCCUCGCCGCCGCACCUUAUGGGCCCGGCCGACCGCAGUGCCUCGCCGCCGCACCUUAUGGGCCCGGCCGACCGCAGUGCCUCGCCGCCGCACCUUAUGGGCCCGGCCGACCGCAGUGCCUCGCCGCCGCACCUUAUGGGCCCGGCCGACCGCAGUGCCUCGCCGCCACACCUUAUGGGCCUGGCCGACCGCAGUGCCUCGCCGCCGCACCUUAUGGGCCUGGCCGACCGCAGUGCCUCGCCGCCGCACCUUAUGGGCCCUGCCGACCGCUGUGCCUCGCCGCCGCAAUUUAUGGGCCCGGCCGACCGCAGUGUAUCGCCGCCGCACCUCAUGGGACCGGCCGACCGCAAUGCUUUACCGCCGCACCUCAUGGGGCUAGCAGACUGCAGUGCCCCGCCGCCGCACCUCAUCCGCCUGGCCGACCGCAUUAGAUCGUUACAACACCUAAUAGGCCUCGCUGACCGCAGUGCCUCGCCGCCGCACCUCAUGGGCCCGGCCGACCGCAGUGCCUCGCCGCCGAACCUCAUGGGCUCGGCUGACCGCAGUGCUCCGCCGCCGAACCUCAAGGGCUCGGCUGACAGCAGUGCUCCGCCGCCGAAGCUCAUGGGCUCGGCUGACCGCAGUGUUUCGCCGCCGCUCCUCAUGGGCUCGGCUGACCGCAGUGUUUCGCUGCCACUCCUCAUGGGCUCGGCUGACCGCAGUGCUUCGCCGCCGCUCCUCAUGGGCUCGGCUGACCGCAGUGCUUCGCCGCCGCUCCUCAUGGUCUCGGCAGACCGCCGUGCUUCGCCGCCGCACCUCAUGGGCUCGGCUGACCGCAGUGCUUCGCCGCCGCACCUCAUGGGCUCGGCUGACCGCAGUGCUUCGCCGCCGCACCUCAUGGGCAUGGCUGACCGGAGUGCUUCGCCGCCGUACCUCAUGGGCUCGGUCGACCGCAGUGCAUAG